AUGCCCCAACUCGCCUCCACCUACCGCGCUGCCCCCGAAGAUGUCCCCACCCCCCAGUGGUUCCUCAACCACGAUUUCCACCUCUCUUUCCUCCACCUACCCGGCAACGAAGUCGCCGGAUACGGUGAACCCUCCCCACGCCAAUACGUUGGGUGGCUUCUUCUGCAACCCAACCCGGAAUUGCGCAAUGUCUUGGAAUGGCGAUUCCGGGACGUCCCGCCCGCCGGUCAUGCCUGGGCCAUCUAUGGCAAGUCGGUCGUCACUCUCACCCACCUCCAGACCCUCGACUGGGACGUCGGCGAGCUCACAGACCCAACCGGCCAACGACGGGCCUACGACACCGUCUCCCAGCUGCGGGCCACAACGAUCGCCAUGUCCGACCACGCUUUAGAUAUCAUUUGCGCCCCCCAUCAUCUCUUUUUCAUUGCUGACCUCGUCAACCACAUAGAGCAGGUUGACCGCGAACGCGAGCGGACCUGGCUGGAGCGCGUCCUCGCCACCAACGACAGCCACGCUGCCUCCCCUAUUCCCCCCACCCCGCCUCUGCCCGCCCCAGAAUGGGGAAACCUGGCCGACGUCUCCGGAUGGGGCGACACCAAUGUCGACUGGAGCAACACUAACUGGGGGAGCGUCCCCAUGGACGAGGCCGACAUGGAGUGGUCCUCCCCUGUACAACCUCCGCGCCGCUCCCCUCCACCCCGCGACUCCCCCUCUCCAACACUGCAGCACCUCCGCCCGAUGCCCGAUCGCCUACGCUCCGGCGCGCCCCCUCCGACCCGUACGCGCCCCUCUCCCCGCUCUCCCAGCCCCACCCCCCGCUCCCCGAGCCCCGUCGAUGAGAACGAACCCCCGUUCGCCAUGGUCGUCGACCCCGCGUCGCCCCUGGAGUGGCUGACUCCGGCCGUCCGAACGGUCCUCGGCACCAUCAGCGGAGGCGACCUCACCAACACCACCGACCCCGACGCCCUGUCCGCGCCCCCCGCCCCUCCAACUCCGCCACUCCGCCAACGCACCCCUCGCACCCCCCCAUACCCCGUUCCUGCCCCGGGCCCCACCACUGUCCACUAUCGGACGCCCCUCCUCGGCCACCCAGCAUACGGAGGGGCCCUCCUCUACGACGAGCGACUCCCGGACGGCUGGCAAAUCGGGCCAGAAGAACCCCGUCGCGUCGGCGGACACCCUUGGGAGUGGCGUAUCUCGGGCCACCUCAACGGGACUGCUCUCCUCGAGGUCCAACUCCGGAGCUACGCCUGA